AUGGCCAUACAUACGGGCACCUGGUUGGGCGGCGUGGGGCUUCUCCGCACCUGGAGAGGCGGCCUCAGCCUAGUGGGCGUGGCCAUUGUCUCCUCCGCAGCGGGGCCAGAAGAAAUGCGCGCGGCCGCGUGGGGCGUGGUGGCGCUGCUCUGCGCGCUCAGCCUGGGCCAGCGCCCCACGGAGGAGGCGCGCUGCGGCCCGGGUCUCACGUCGCGCGGGACUGGACCUAACGCUCGGUGCUGCCACUCCUGUGAAACAACUACAGGCCAGACUAACUGUGAAGGCUGCAAGUGUGUCCAGAUUGGGUACCACUGUGGAGAGCCCAAGUGUGACACCUGCAAGCCCCAUCCAUGCAAUCCAGGCCAGGAAGUAGUAGUCCAAGGGAUUUUCAAUUUUGGCUUUAAGUGUGUUGACUGUGCUCCUGGGACCUUCUCUGAUGACAGAAGUGGCCUCUGCAAGUCAAAGACCAACUGCUCCAUGUUCGGCUUCUCUACUUUGUUCCCUGGGAACAAGACCCACAAUGCUGUGUGUAGCUCCAAACCCCCUGCUGAGUCCUGCUCCCUGCUGACCCUGGCCUUGCUCGUCAUGGCCGCCUGCAUCCUUGUCCUGGUCGUGGUCCACCUGGGCCUGCGCAUCUGGGAGCUAAAGAGAACACGCAUGUGCUACCGAGGGAUACAGCAGCCCCCGGAGGUGUCGCUGCCCGAGGAUGCCCACAGCUACCAGCUUCCUGAGGAGGAGCGGGGAGGGCAGCAGGCUGAGGAGAAGGGCCGGCUUGAGAACCUGUGGGUGUGA